UCAUCAUCAUCACCAUCAGCAGCAGCAACAGCAGCGCCGCCCUGUAGAGUGAGAGAGAGCGAGCAGGAGACCCCCCCCUCCCCACCUAACAACAACCCCAAGCCCGCAGGCUCGAGCGCAACGACCCCACCCCCCAACCCCCCCUGAGAGAGGGGACGGAGCGAGAGACGCACUCGGAUUCUCGGCGAAAACAGCGCUUGUGGAUCCCGGCUCCGCUUCGCCCUCAGUCCGGGCCUAAUGCUGUAGCGGACCGCGCAGGAGGAGCGAGCGAGCGAGCGACGACGCACUGAUUGAGAGUCGGCGAGGGACAGGGCGGACCGGAGACGACGGGAUUGUUCAUUCGCCUGGAAACAUGGGAUGUACGCUGAGCGCCGAGGAGCGCGCCGCGCUGGACCGGAGCAGGGCCAUCGAGAAAAACCUGAAGGAGGACGGGCUGGUGGCCGCCAAGGACGUCAAGCUGCUGCUGCUCGGCGGCGGGGAAUCCGGCAAAAGCACCAUCGUCAAACAGAUGAAGAUUAUACAUGAAGAUGGGUUUUCUGGGGACGACGUGAAGCAGUAUAAGCCUGUGGUCUACAGCAACACCAUCCAGAGCUUGGCAGCCAUCCUCCGAGCCAUGGACUCGCUGGGCAUCGAGUUUGGAGACAAGGAUAGAAAAGCUGAUGCUAAGCUGGUCUGCGAUGUGGUCAGUCGUAUGGAGGACACGGAGCCGUACUCUGCGGAGCUCCUCACCGCCAUGAAGCGUCUAUGGGCCGACGCCGGCACUCAGGAGUGUUUCAACCGUUCCCGCGAAUACCAGCUCAACGACUCGGCUAAAUACUACCUGGACAGUCUAGACCGGAUCGGGGCAGCGGACUACCAGCCCACAGAGCAGGACAUCCUGAGGACUCGAGUGAAGACCACUGGCAUCGUUGAAACCCACUUCACCUUCAAAAACCUUCAUUUCAGGCUGUUCGACGUGGGAGGUCAAAGGUCGGAGAGGAAGAAGUGGAUCCACUGCUUUGAAGAUGUGACCGCUAUAAUCUUCUGCGUGGCUCUGAGCGGAUACGACCAGGUUCUACAUGAAGAUGAGACAACCAACCGCAUGCACGAGUCUCUCAUGCUCUUUGACUCGAUCUGUAACAACAAGUUCUUCAUCGACACCUCCAUCAUCCUCUUCCUCAACAAGAAGGAUCUGUUCGCUGAGAAGAUCAAGAAGUCCCCGCUGACGAUCUGUUUUCCAGAAUACACAGGUGCUAACACUUACGACGAUGCUACGGCAUAUAUUCAGGUUCAGUUUGAGAGUAAGAACCGCUCUCCCAAUAAGGAGAUCUACUGUCACCUGACCUGUGCCACAGACACAGGAAACAUCCAGGUAGUGUUUGAUGCCGUCACUGACAUCAUUAUUGCAAACAACCUUAGAGGGUGUGGCUUAUACUGAGCACAGAGGUCGUUGUGGAGAGUAUGGUGUUAAUAAUGAUAAUUUUGAUGACACUUAAACACAUAAAUAUGUAAUUCUACACGUCCAGAAGGACCCAAAGAGCUGCCGUCAGACACCACACUGGAUUAUUGCCAUGAUUUACUCCCUUCCUCCUACUUUUCUUUCCGGUAUCCAACCCCAGUUUUGUCUUAUACAAAUGUGUUUUUGAGCUGAUUGUUUCAUGUUUUCUUGAGGACUGUUUCACCAGUUGGGACGGUUCAGACAAGCGGCAGCACCAGGGGCUUGUUCAGCUCGAGCCUCGGGGCUGCAAAACUCAGCCCAGAAAUGAGCAACUGCGACCAGUCGUUUUUAAGCACAACGUGAAAUACUGUCCCGACCUUCGUGUGACAUGUUUUUAAUGCGGGCCUCGAGACUCAAAUCGGCGCUGGAUGCAGCCUCUGGUGCGCUGUUUGAACAGCUGCUGUGUGUGUGAAGGUGGAGACGACUGAAGAUGAUGUUGGGGAGGUGCUGUACUUGUGCAGUGGGUCAUGGUUGGGAGGAAGGAGGCUGUUUAAGGUUCAGAAGGGACAAAGCUCCCCUCUCCUUCAGCCCCACACAUGACUGACUCGCCUGCAGGUCUGUUCCACUCUCAGUUUCCUCUUUUCCUUUCAAACAUAGUGAAAGAGGGGAUUCUUGCGUUCAGAGUGGCUGCCCAUUGCCACUGGCCUCCUGUAGCAUGAGAAAAUGUCUAUCAGCCAGUCAUAUCUCAUAAAGAAAAAAGAAGCGUCAUAUCGGUGCCAACCAUCUGAGAACGACAGAUUAGGACCCGAAAUCACAGCUCACACUGUCAACUCAUAUUAUUUAAGCAACUGAUGUAACAUUUUAUUAUCCUGGAGGGAUUUAUUUAUUUAAGCCUCGUGUCCUACACGCCUCCUCCCACCUCCACAGAUCCCGUGCCACUUAUUUAUUUCCUGUCAUGAAACACGGGGGUGCGCCGACACCUGUCUGCAGUAGAGACGGUGGAGAGCAGCGCCCACGCCCCACCCACCCACGCCCCACCAGCGCCCCACCGACACCUCGUUCUCUGUGUGGUUGUUUACCCUUCGACAUGAGUCCGUGUAGAACUAGAAGACGGCACAAAGAGAACAUUAUCGUUUGAGGCAGCCUCUGUCUGGGGAGGCAGGGUUUCUUUUAAACCCUCUCCUCCCUGGUUCAGUAAACAGGGAACAACUACCCCCCCCCCCCCCCCUCCCCCCCGACUGUCACGUUUCUCUUUUGACAGAGAAACAGUACAGCUCUCCGUUUUCACCUGUGCACCCAGAAAGUCAUCCUCCCGCCCCUGUAUACUCGGCCUUUCACAUAUCAGUCCCCAUAUCCCAUCUCCAUCUUCACCUCAAAGCACCGCACUGUAUAUAUAUAUAUUAUGAUUAUACCAGAUUUUUUUUUUACUGUGAAUGUUUUUGUGCUGCACCCCAUCCUAUUUGGUAGUUUAUUGGUUGCUCUCAUGUGGAAUGUUUGUGCUGAGCCAAUCGAAUGUUGUGUUUACAUUAAAGCCACACUUUUCCUAACGA